AUUCUUCUCCUUCUCAUUCUCUCUCUCUCUCUCAAACUUUCUUGGAUCUAUAGAAAAACUGCAUCGCUCUGCAAAACUUGUCUGUCAUAUUCAUAUAGACCUCCCAUGAAUUUCUCUCCUAUCCCUGUCCAAUAGAAGAGAAAUCUAGCAUACAUUUUUUUUUCUGUUUCAUAACCAAGAAUGCGCAAUUUCAGUUCUUGUUGUAUCAAGCAAGAAUUUCUGAACAAAUGGAUAAAGGGUCUCCAAGUAUGCAAUAGCAGCACCACCUGUUCAAAGAAGAAGAUGACCAACUUAGACAGAAAGAAGGCUAUCAAGUUAUCAGCAGAUAUAGCCAUGGCUUCUACAAGAAAUGGAACUACAUUUUGGAGCCGCGCCGUCAUAGCCAAUGCUACCCACAGCAACGGCGACAAUAACAGAAUCUUCGUUGAGCGUACACUGGGUGGUGGUGAUGGUGGUGGUGGUCGUUUGUCCGAGCACUGUGGGAGAACGAAAGCUUCGAGAUCACUGUCGUCAGUGAUGCACAAGAAGAUCUUGAAGAAAAGCCGGAGGGUAUGUAGUAGAACUGUGUUGGGGAGGAAACAUAACCUAGCAAAAACCCAUUCGAUUGCCAAGAGAUUGGUCCGGAAGAAAACACAAGUGCUCAAGAGUCUUGUUCCUGGAGGAGAAUCCAUGGAUGAGCUCUCUUUGGUUGUGGAAACCCUAGAUUAUAUCGCGUCUCUGCGAGCUCAGGUUGAGGUAAUGCGGUGUCUUGCCACCACCGCGGAGUUAUUAAAUGGUACAUAAGAAUAAUAUCGAUGGUACUAAAUUAAUUAAUUACUUGAUCCAUCUUAUUAAUUAUAUUAUGUUUUUUUAAUUUCUCUUCAUUUUCCUUUUUUUCUUUUUGUCCUUUUAUUCAAUAGUAUAGUGAUAGCUAGUUAUUUCGAUAUGUAGCUGUAACUUUAAGGUGCCCAGUAUUGUACAGAUCGAAGAAUGCAUACCAGUAAUCGAAGCUUGGAAUUUUAAUGUUUAAUUAAGUUGUCAGUUCU